AUGGCGACGAGUGAGCAGAUCAAGACGGCGCUGUUGACAGAGCACUUCCGCUAUACACCAUUGACACUCCUCGACGACAUUGUCAACACCGUCAACGAACUCACCUACCAAGCCGUCGGCGAAAUCGAGACCGCGCUUCUCAAUGUACCCAAAGAACAACUUGGUUUUGCGCCCACUGCGCCACACUCCACCAGCGACCAAACGCGAGACACGACCUCCCAAAACACAGCAGCAGACACCGUAGCAGCAGCAGAAGCAACAGCAGAAGAAGCAGCGACCACUGAAAUCAGCGCCGGCAUUGUGAAGCUCGAGAGUCUGCUAAACUCGACCAUUGACAAGAACUUCGACAAGUUGGAGAUUUAUACGUUGCGCAAUCUGUUGACUGUGAGUAAUGCAAAGGAAGAUGAAGGCUUGGAGAAUUGGAUCCUGCUGGAUCAUUACAAGGAUCUCAAAACACCCUCUACAGAUGGCAAUACGCCAACGCCAGACUCGAUAACGCGUUUGCGAAGAAAAGUACAAGAGACGGAGAAAUUGCAAUCGAGUCUACAAGCAGAAGUGGCACAGAACGAAGCUUUGCUCGCGCAACUGCGAUCGCUGGUCCCAUCUGCAACAGCUACAUCUUCCAAACCCGAUGACGACGCGCAACAACACGCAACCAACCACUCCUUCUCCUUCCUCACCUCGACUUCUGCUGCGGCAUCUCUAGGCGUAGGCUCCACCAGCCACGCCAAUUCUCUCGCCCAAAAUACUUCAUUCGUAUAUUCGCAAUUACCUGCUUUACGAGAUAUAGUUGCAACACUCCGCGCUCACUUGGCUACGUUGCCAAAGAAGGAUAUGGCUGCCACGAUCGACGGAGUACAAGAAGCUAGACAUGGAUAUAUCGAGAGUCAAAGCAGGAGGGCAUUGGAGAGGGUUGGUGUGGAUGCGACACCGGCACCAGAUACAGAGGCUCUGGGGAGGAGGAUGGGUGUUGAAGAGACGAGGGCGUUGGAGGGAAUCGUGGGGGCUAUGGGCGCGCAGCAAAAGUACGAUGAGGAUAAGAUGGAGGAAUGA